AUGUGUGCUGAUGUCCCUGGGAUAUUUACUCGAGAAAACAACACCGAUCAUAAUGGAAGAAAAGUUCCUAUUCCUCAGAUGAUGAGAUUCUACUAUGGAACAGCUGGUUUUCGAGCUAACUCGGCAUAUCUACCUUUUAUUGUAUUUCGUGCUGGAUAUUUGGCAGGAAUCCGCGCUAGACAUUUAAAUCAAGCUGUAGGUAUCAUGGUAACAGCUUCUCAUAAUCCGAUCAGUGACAAUGGAGUCAAUGAUAAUGAAUUCGCCAAAAAAUCGCGAGAACUCCGAUGUAGAUUUGCUGGAAGGAUUAGCGAAUAUGGCUUUGUUUUCAUAGCGGCCGACACACGCCCGAGUUCGAAGUACUUAGAGCAUGCUGCAUAUUCUGGAGUUCAAUAUGCAAGAAUCGGUGGUCAGAGACUGGGGUUGUUGACGACGCCACAACUGCAUUAUAUCGUUCGCUGUCAGAACGAUUCUUCUUAUGGUACACCUACGGAGACUGGGUAUUAUGCUAAAGUUUGUAAUGCGCUCGCUGGCUUAAACUUUGUUACACGAAAAGGAAAAGAUUACACUCCGAUAUUAUACUUGGAUUGUGCAAAUGGCGUGGGUGCUAAAAAGUUUCCUCUAAUAUACAUAGACUGGUCUGUACUCAUUGUCAAUUUGGUGAACAACCAUGACCGACUCCUCAAUGAUCAGUGUGGAGCAGACUAUGUUAAAAUGGAGAAGAAGUUCCCCCGUAAUUUUGAUAAUAUUGAACCUCUUAAGCGCUGUGCUGCUUUUGAUGGCGAUGCAGACCGCCUUGUUUAUUUCUAUCGCGACGUAUCAAAUAAAUUUGUUUUAAUAGAUGGAGAUAAAAUAGCAGCACUAUUUUCAAAAUAUAUCGUAGAGCAAGUUAAUAGUACUGGACUUAGUGGUGUGUUUACGAUAUCAGUAAUACAAACAGCUUAUGCAAAUGGUAAUUCCACGAAGUACUUACGAGAUAAUUUGGGGCUAAACGUGUCAUGUGUUGCAACUGGUAUCAAGAAUUUGCAAAGAGAAGCAAUGAAGUACGACAUUGCGGUUUACUUCGAAGCCAAUGGACAUGGAUCCGUUCAUUUCAGCCCUCGUUUUUUCGAUAUAAUCAGAACUAUUAUAAAUCAUAAGGAUGAGAUUUAUCAGAAGAUUGGUGUCAGACGAUUGCUUUGUCUCGCAAAAUUGCUUAAUACAGUGGUGGGCGAUGCUAUGACCGACUUACUUGCAGUUGAAAUGAUUUUAAGACAUUAUGAUUGGACUAUGGAGAACUGGAGCAGCUUGUACAAGGAACUGCCUAGCGUACAAAGAAAAUUGCAGAUUAAUGGUGGGUCACGUAUACAAGUGAGUGCAGACGAAACGAUAUGUGUGAAACCAAAAAGACUGCAGGAGACAAUAGACUUUAUUGUGGGAAAAUAUACUGAUGGACGGUCAUUCGUUCGCUUGUCUGGAACUGAAAGCGUGAUACGUGUAUAUGCUGAGGCUGAAACAGUAGAAGAUGCAAACACCAUCGCUGCCGCUGUAGAAAAUGCCGUACGAGAAUCACUUUAUGCGAGUGAUAGUGCAGGAGAAAAUUCAUGA